AUGGAGCCAGUGUCUCGCCGGACCCGGCAGCCCUCCACUCUUGAGCUCCUUCUUGGCAACAGAAGCAGCGACUCAGGCGUCACUGAACUGGUCGGCGUUGCUUUGUUGUGGCUGGGUGGGAGUGUGGUGCUACUGCGCAAGUCAUCUCUCUUCGCCGUGCUCUUCACAUCGCAGCGGAGCGGAAGUCAGUGGCUGUCGGCUGCGCUUAGAUACCCUUUCCUUGUUCUCCUCCACUGCCUAAGCAUCAGCGUCACCGGUUGCCUCCAGCGACGGGUUGCUACAAAGUGGAGGCAGAACAUCACUCGGAAGCUACACCGAUUCUAUUUUCAGAAGCAGAAUUUUUAUCGGCUUCAAUCCGAGAGCAAGGAGCACGUCAUCACUGAUGCCGACUUGCGAAUCUGCCGAGAUGUGCAUGAAAUGGCACAUGCAACAUCAGAGGUGGCAGUCUCAUUGAUUGAAGCUUUGAUCAAGACCUGGGUCUUCUCGGGCUUCACAGUGCUUCAAAAGAAGUGGCUGGGAGGCUUCUUGCCACCCGCCGUUUUCUUGCUGGCCGUGAAGAUCGUCUUAGGCACUCAUCCAGAAGAUGCCAAAAAUGUGCAGGCGUCGCUUCAGCACUUUGAGGGAAGACUGAAGCAACAUUUUAGUCGAUUGCAAAGUCGAUCAGAAAGUAUUUUGAUGAUGCAAGGGGAGGCUUUUGAGCUAGAUUUGCUGCAAAAGACCCUCCGAGACUUGUCCACGAUUGCACGAAAGCUCUUCGACUUGAUGUUUCCUCUGGAAAUGACAGAAUGGAUGUUUUUGCACUCCAUCCAGGCUGCAAGUCUACUUGAGCUAGUUGCAUUUGCUGCCGUGCUUGCAUACAUGACUCCUCCGUUUGGAGAAUCCUUUGAGCAGAAGGCUUUUGUCGUUGGACAGCACUUGCGGAAUGUCCAGAACUUUUUCAAUGUAUGUUCUGCUUGGAAUGCAUUUUUGUCCUCCCGCACUCUGCUCAUGACUAGUACUGCUGCGACGAACCGCGUGAAGCAACUCUAUGUCAAGCUCGAGGGAUUGGAGGCUCCAGUAGCCAAGCCCAAGCCCAAGCGCAAGCACAUGCCUAAGCUCGAGCCUCCCGAAACCUUCACCGAUGAGGGAGAGCUGGUGUCCUUCAAAUCAGUAACCAUCCAUACACCCAGCAAGCAGGCACUGUUGCGGGAUCUCAGCUUUUGCUUGUCACACUCGGCCCCGUUGCUCGUGUGCGGUCAGGCCUCCAGUGGGAAGACGGCCCUGGCACGUUGUCUCUUCGGGCUUUGGCCCAUCAGCAACGGUCAGGUGUCCAGACCCGGUGGCUCAGAGCGCCACAUCGAAGGGAUUCCCUUCCCAGAGGAUCUCCUCUACGUACCUGAAACACCAUUGCUUGGGUGGGCCUCCACUCUGUCUGACGAAGUGACCUUCCCAAGGCCCAUGGCAGCUGGACUGCCACAUGAAGAGUUGUAUAAGUGGCUUGCAUAUGUGGGCCUGGAGCACCUUGCCAAGGACACAGAGCUCACAAGCCUUUCACUCCGAGAGAAACAAGCCCUUGGCUUCGCCAGAAUUUUGUUUCACCGCCCUCAUUUCGCCAUACUGGAUGAAUGCACAUCUGCAAUGGGACCGGAGUUGGAGCGGCAUUUCCUGCGGCUUUUGCGAGAAUUAGGCAUUGGCUACAUCACGAUCGCACGUCGGCCCAGCCAAAGUCUGAAAAAUGAACACUCGCGGCUGUUGAUGAUCCAGGGGGCUCGUGGAGAAGAUACCCGGGGCUGGAAGCUUUCAGAACUCUCUGAGGUCACCAUGAAGCCCCGAUGUCGCUGCAGUGCGGAGGCCUUCCAACGUUUGGAUUCCUACUUGGAGUGCCGGCACUCCGAUUCGGAGGAGAUCGAGCCAGCCACAAGCUCUUCAACGCUUUCACGAAGCCGUCCAAAAGCGAGGGAGACCGUGGAGUUGCGCUGGCGUAGUGCACCCGCACGGCUUUGGGCCACACUGCAAUUGGGGCUGUUGACCUCUGGUCGACGCCGGACCAUCUUGCAAAAGGCAGGACUGAUUUUGCUCCUGCUACACGCAAGAACCAAGCUCUACUGGAGAUUUUGUCAAAACCUCUCAGGUAGUCUCCAGGCCUUGCUCUCACGAGACCUGGCUGCUGUAGCCAAGCAACUGCUCUUUGGUGCGUUGGUCGCGCUGGGCAGUGGCUUUGCGGAUCAGGUCCUGAGAUACCAAGCAAAGCUGGCGACGUUGGAGCUUUGGAGCGGUGCUGUGAGCCAUCUACAGCGAAAGCUGAUGCGCGAGCUUACGCUUUUGCGGGUAGAAGAAGAGGUCUCUGAGCCCAUGCAGCGGCUGGCAGAGAUUCGAAGUAUUUUUGAAAGUCUCGGCUCCAAUGGCUGUGAAGCCCUCUUGGCCACAGCACAGCUGGUCUUUGUGGCGCCAUUCCUGGUGAGAAGUUUGGGCACAUGGUCGUUUCUUUUUCUGGGGCAUUUUCUGGUGCUGAGGCUGCUUCAGAGAUCAGAGCUGCGAGAGGACCUUCAAUUUCAGGCUUGGAUGGAACCAAAGUCCUGGAACUUGACGGGAUCCUGGUCGCUACUGGCAAUCAUGUUUGGUUUGCAAAGCACCAAGGUGUAA